CAAUCGCAUCACAGCCCUGGAGCAAAGUACAGGCCCGAAAGAAGACGACCAAAAAACUUUUGUCUUCCUCAGAGUUUAAUGAAGUUGGCCCGGGUCACCCAGAGAAGGAUUAAAACGGGAUCCAGAGUCACCGAACUGCGACUGCUGAGGAGGGAACCGGAGUGAAGGAUGGUCUCGGUUCAGAGCUGCAGCAGAAGGAACAUGGCUGCAACUUUACCAGGGUUUGGAAGCUCCGGAAAGAGCUUUCUGAUCGACAAUCUUUUGAAAUCACAAAGUCCUCCUGUCCAUCCGGAGGGAACAGCGUGUGGACACCUGAGACAAGCCGCAUGUGAACGCCCCAGGAGACCCUGGGGCCAGGAGCGUGGAGCCCAUCAGAGCCUGAGCCCCCCACAGGGAAAAAUCAUGGGUGGUCCACUUCUACCGUGCUCAGGUGUCCUGAGCGGCGUCUUCCUGCAGACCCCGCCGUAUCUGCUGGCAUGCUGCGGUGGGUCCAGCCCCCCUCCCGUCUUCUCCAAAGGAGGAAAUGUUCAAAUAUGGUCGUCGAAUUCAAACCCCAAAUCCCGCAGAGGGAUCCUCAGGAGGGCUGUUUUCUCCGAAGAACAAAGAAAGGAACUGGAGAGAACCUUUCGGAGGCAAAAGUACAUCAGCAAAAUGGACAGGAACAAACUGGCAGCUGAUCUUAGCCUGAAGGAAUCACAGGUGAAGAUCUGGUUCCAGAACCGUCGUAUGAAAUGGAGAAACCACAAGGAGAAAGAGGUUCAUAGCAUCCGCUCCCCGAUGGAUGAGCUAUUGGCCAGAGGCCGUCCUCCUCAGGACGAAGUCCAAACGUCCCACAAUCACGCGGACAUGAAAACAGACGGCUCAGCGCCACAGAAGAGCGCCAGAGACACAUGAAUGAGCCGAUGCUGAGCAAGUGACUUUCUCAUGUCUGCAAAAUUCUCUGCAAAGACUCGAAUACUGACGGUACACACAAUGUUGUACAGGCUAACACUGAAAAUGCAUCUAAAGGUCAAAUGAGCUUUGUAUACAAUUACAUAAAAUUGUGAAAAUCCAUUCUAGAAACCUUCUUCUAAUUCUUUUUUUAAGCCAGUUCCAUGUAGGUAAUAUUUUCCUCAAUGUCUUGAAUGGAUGGACAAGUUGUAAAUUAAAUGUUUUAUUAAAUCGUCACAUUGUAAAAUAA